UGGACCAUCUUAUGCCUUGGAUACGGCUUGCAGUUCAAGCCAUUACGCCAUAGCGGAAGCUUACAGAAUGAUACGAAGUGGAGAAUGCGACGCGGUUAUCGUGAGGGGCGCCAACAUAUGUCUGCAUCCCAACAUUUCGCUUAAAUUUUUUCAACUCGGUAUUCUUUUCAAUGAUGGUUAUUGCAAGACAUUUGAUGCUUCUGGUAUUGGUUAUAUGCGCAGUGAAGCUAUUGCGAUAUUGUACAUUCAAAAGGGAAAGGAUGCGAGACGAAUCUAUGCUACCUACGUCUACGCUAAAACCAAUUCUGAUGGCUUUAAGCAUGAAGGCAUUACAUAUCCCUCUUACAACAUGCAGAAGCAGUUAUUAGAAGAAUUUUAUGAUGAUUGCGUUGUUACACUCGAAACGCUCUCCUACAUGGAGGCCCAUGCAACUGGUACUACGGUAGCAGAUCCGGUAGAAGUAGACGCUAUCGAUCAAGCAUUAUGCUUAAAAAGGACCAGUCCUUUAAUAACGGGCUCGCUGAAAUCGAAUCUUGGCCAU